CACAGUCCUAGUCGGCCUGUCAAGCCUACACAUUCCAGUUGAAUCAUUUUGUGGAAACCUCACGGAAGAAACUUUUUUAUAAACCAAAACACACCCCCCAAAAUUUUCAGUUAGAACUGAAAGGCUAGGCAGCGCGGCACAAAAAGGCUGCAAUCAAUUUCAAAUCGAAGUCACUCGAAAUGAUGACACAGUCCAAGAUGCGAUCGUUGAAAACCGUGAAGACUCGCAAGUCUUUACGCAAAAGUAAGGUCAAAAAGCUAAGCUUCAAGGCGACCAGUUCGAGGCGUAACGCAAGACCUUCGAUGCGUUCGGGUGUCAAAGGACGUAUGAGACGCUCACCGAUGCGAGCUCAGGUGCCCACCGCUGUCAAGAGAAUGUCACAGAAGAAGAAAUCGAUCAAGUACAAGAAACCCAAGGGUAACACUCCCAAGAUCAAUCUAAUUGAUGCCAGUCCCGGGGAAAAGGGAAAGAAACCCAUCGGGACUAAUGUGGUUUUCUUCGCCAAGGACUCGGCGAGGAAGAGCGAUAUAAGAAUGGCAAAACCACCAGUAUUUUCCACCAUGAAAAUAAGUCGCCUAACAUCCAGACUUAUGAACCAGGGCUCGAGGGCUCGCGAGGGUGUUGACUUCUUUUGCAAUCUUGGCCAGAGGGUCCACCAAUCGAAGCCGGUUGUGAAGCAAAAGAGGCUACGAGAUGGUGAGCAAGGCGUUACCAAAAGAAUCGUCGGAUGUAGACCGAUGGCAGGCAGAUUGGAAGCCGUCAGAUUGGAAGCUGGCAGAUUGAAGGCAGGCGGUUUGGGUGCGGCUGUGGCAAAAGUAAAUGGACUAUUGGCCGGUGGACCGAAAGUGGGCAUUAAGAGGGGCAUUGACUUGGCUGAAAUUCCCCGCGGAACUGAACUGACACGAGCCGUGGGUAUUGGGAGCCUGUGUCCGGGUCCUGUACUCAACAGUAGUGCCAGUAUGGCCGCCAAGGAUGUGGUGGUGCCACUAACCAAUCGACUGCCCAUCAUUGAUUUCAUCUCCACCAACGAAUUCAACAAGAUGACCAAGACCCAAAAGAGCCCACGACGGCGUAAUCGUUGAUUUUGGGUGGCACAAAACGAGUGACGAAAUGUACAGAACUAUUCAACUGUUUACAAAUUUGUUGUAUAAAUUAUCAAAUACUUUUCGUUAGUCAGGUGCCAUAAUGAAACCCUCCACCUUCUCUAAUUCGAUUCCAGAAAUAAAGGAAUAUUUAUAAUAUA